AUGCCGUACCUCGACGACGGCUUCGAGGCCCUGCUGGAGCCCUUCUACAACGGCAAGAAGCUCACGGAUCCCAUCUCAACCCAGGAAGACAAAUUUCAACUGCUGCCCGCCUUUCUCAAAGUCAAGGGCUUGGUGAAGCAACACAUUGACUCCUACAACUUCUUCGUCGACCAUGAGAUCAAGGACAUUGUGCGCGCGAACCGCACCAUCCGAAGUGAUGUGAACAGCUCCUUCUGGCUCGAGUUCACGGACAUUCGGGUCGAGAGCCCAAGCCGACUUGACUUUAACGAUGCGCGUGCACACAGUGAGGUGACUCCCAUGGAGUGCCGUCUGCGCGACAUGACCUAUGGCGCUCCCAUCUUUGUUGACAUCGCCUACAUCCGCGACAAGUCCAAGAUUGUCCGCAGAAAUGUGCCCCUUGGACGGCUGCCCGUCAUGCUCAAGUCAGCCAAGUGCCGUCUCAACGGUGCUUCGAACAAGGAGAUGGCUCUCAUGAACGAAUGUCCUCUCGACCCUGGCGGCUAUUUUAUCAUCAACGGCACGGAGAAGGUCAUCCUGAUUCAGGAGCAGCUCAGUAAGAACCGUGUCAUUGUCGAGGCUGAUGAAAAGAACAACAUCAUCACCGCCUCUGUGACCAGUUCUACCCACGAGCGCAAGACCAAAACCAAUAUCACGCUGAAGAAAGAUCGCAUCUCCCUCGUCCACAACGUCCUCGUGGAACCCGCGCCCAUUGUCAUCGUUCUCAAAGCUCUGGGUGGCCUGUCUGACCUCGAAAUCAUGCAGCUUGUUGCUGGUGAUGACGGAAGAUACCAGGAUGAGUUCACCGUCAACUUUGACGAGGCGACAAAGCAGGGUGUCUAUACCCAGCAGCAGGCCCUGGAGUGGAUCGGAUCGCGCGUCAAGAUGGGCGGCAGGGGCAGGUUUCAACCCAACUCGCAGGCCCGGAAGAACAACAUCGAGGAGGGUAUGGAUGCGUUAUCCAACCUUAUUAUUGCCCACAUACCCGUCGAGGGCCUCGACUUCUACCCCAAGGCCAUCUACGUUGCUUUCAUGACGCGCCGUGUUCUCAUGGCCCAAGCCAACAUGAGCCUCGUGGAUGACAGGGAUUUCGUCGGAAACAAGCGACUCGAGCUUGCUGGACAGCUGCUCUCUCUUCUUUUCGAGGAUUUGUUCAAAAAGUUUUGCGGCGACGUCAAGGCCAGCAUCGACAAGGUCCUGAAGAAAGACAACCGCGCCGUGGCCAUGGACGCCGUCACCAUGAUCAGCAACCACGCCAACAACAUUGGCCAGGGAAUCAACCGGGCGAUCCAGACGGGCAACUGGACCGUGAAACGAUUCAACAUGAACCGAGCCGGCGUCACUCACGUCCUGAGUCGUCUGAGCUAUAUCAGUGCCCUGGGUAUGAUGACGCGCAUCAGCAGUCAGUUUGAAAAGACGCGAAAGGUCAGUGGACCGCGUGCGCUGCAGCCCUCACAGUGGGGUAUGUUGUGUCCCUCGGAUACACCCGAAGGUGAGGCUUGCGGUCUGGUCAAGAACCUGGCUCUCAUGACGCAUAUUACCACCAACGCCGAGGAGGAACCUGUCAAGCGUUGGGUUUUUACCGUGGACGACAAUGUCGAACCCAUCAGGAACUUCUCCGGAAGUGAGAUGCAUCGCGAGGGAUCUUAUAUCAUCCACAUCAACGGCACACCGUUUGCGCUUACCAAGUUCCCGAAAAGGUUCACGAACCGCUUCAGAACGAUGCGUCGCCGUGGCUGGAUCUCGCCCUUUGUCGGCGUUCACAUUAACAACCACUUCAAUGCUGUACAUAUUGCCACUGACGAAGGACGAAUUUGUCGGCCUUACAUUAUUGUCAAGAACGGCAAGCCGAAGCUGAAGGCGGAGCACCUGAAGCUUCUCCAGCUCGGCAAGGCCACUUUUGAUGACUUCUUGACGAAUGGUGUCGUCGAGUAUUUGGAUGUCAACGAGGAGAACGAUACGCUUGUGGCUCUCUACGAAACCGACGUCAACCAAAGCACCACGCACAUGGAAAUCGAACCCUUCACAAUUCUCGGGGCCGUAGCAGGCCUCAUUCCCUUCCCUCACCACAACCAGUCACCCCGUAACACCUACCAGUGUGCAAUGGGCAAGCAAGCUAUUGGCGCAAUUGCCUACAACCAAUUCAACCGCAUCGACACAUUGCUCUACACCCUCGUAUACCCGCAACGACCGAUGGUCAUCUCCAAGACGAUUCAGCUCAUCCACUACGAUAAGCUGCCAGCCGGACAGAACGCCACAGUCGUUGUCAUGUCCUACUCUGGCUACGAUAUCGAGGAUGCCCUGGUACUCAACAAGGCCUCGUGCGACCGUGGCUUCGGACGCUGUCAGGUGUUCCGAAAGUACUCGGCUGAGCUGCAAAAGUACCCGAACGGUAAACGAGAACGCAUCGGAGACCCGCAGUACGAGGAGAUGGAGGGCAAGCCUAGAAGGCGCAUUGCCAAACACGCAGCUCUGGAUCCUGAUGGCUUGGCCAUGGUCGGUGGCCAGGUCAGGGCUGGUGAGGCCAUGGUGAAGAAGGAGACUCCUCUGGACACGGGCUCGACUGGUAUCGGUAACGACCGCGGCCCUAGCGAGUUCCGCGACUCGUCAAUAUCAUAUCGCAUCCCUGAUCCGGCAUACAUUGACAAGGUGAUGAUCUCUCAGAGCGAAAAGGACAACAUGGUCAUCAAGGUGCAGACGAGACAGACGAGAAGGCCAGAGUUGGGCGACAAGUUCUCGUCACGUCACGGACAAAAGGGUGUUGUUGGCAUUAUCGUGGAGCAAGAGGACCUGCCGUUCUCUGACAAGGGCCUGGUUCCUGAUAUUAUCAUGAACCCUCACGGUUUCCCCUCUCGAAUGACGGUCGGAAAGCUGCUCGAGUGCCUCACAGGCAAGGCGUCGGUCUUGGACGGUCGUCCGGACUACGGUUUCGGUGACGCCUUCCGCUCGCAUCCUCUCAAGCAGAUGAGUGAGGCUCUCGUCGACCACGGUUUCUCAUGGGAGGGCAAAGACUACUUCACGUCUGGCAUCACGGGUGAACCGCUUGAGGCCUACAUUUUCAACGGCCCCAUCUACUACCAGCGUCUCAAGCACAUGGUCCAAGACAAGAUGCACUCUCGCGCGCGGGGACCUCGUGCCAUCCUCACAAGACAACCGACGGAAGGUCGUUCGCGCGAGGGUGGUCUGCGUUUGGGCGAGAUGGAGCGUGACUGUCUGAUCGCCUACGGCGCCUCGCAGUUGCUGCUGGAGCGUCUUAUGAUCAGCUCGGACGGCACGGAGAUUGACAUCUGCCAGCAGUGUGGCCUGUUUGGUUACAAGGGCUACUGCCACACGUGCAGGAGCACCAAGGAGGUGACCAAGAUGACGAUGCCGUAUGCUGCGAAGCUACUGGUGCAAGAACUGAUUAGUAUGAAUGUCGGUGUGAGGUUACAGAUGGAGGACGAGUUCCCGCAUCCGAAGGAAUGA